AAUAACAUAACCUAUCCCAUAUGGUUUUAACAUUUUUUUAGUCUUAAUAAUUCUGUUUAGUUUGGAUUUGUGCAUAUAGUCAGACACAGAAAGGAAAACAAAACAAUAUUUGAUUAUUGUCUGUAAUAUUAUUUCAAUCCCAGGAGAAUCCUGAUUUGAUAAUUCAAUGGUUUGUGCAACUUUGGUGCUAACUCUCGCCUUUUUAUUACGAUGUGCUUCGAGUUUUGACUCGAGUAACGUCGUGUUUGUCAUUGUAAGUCAAACAGAACCGUAUCACGCCAGCGUGGCUGCUAGACUGAAACAAAAUAUAGAGAGUCAAGUUUUGGAAGUAGAAAAUCGUAAUCCUACAGUCCACAUAACCCACGAAGACUUCCCCGUGCCAGGGGCUUGGACCAUCAUCCCACUGCUGGGCCCCCUGGUGGACAAGUAUGGGGGUGGAGACGUCAGAUGGGUGUUGUUCUUGGAGACCCACACGGCCGUCAGAUGGCGAAACCUGAUAGAUGCUUUGACAGCCGCUGAUGUGCAAAAGGACACCAUGUGGAUAGGGUAUCCACUGAGUGAUGAAGAACCCACAAUCAUCCAUCACUUCACGUACUAUGAAGACCUGGAGGAGGAAGGAGGGUUUGUGUACCCACAUUUCGCCAGCGGGUUCGCCAUGAGGCUGGAACUAAUGGAAACCCUUCGCAGACAAGUGGAGAGGGGCGAAUGGAAACUGGAGGCCGACUUCUCAAUAGACCCCUCGUUCGAAUUGGCCCAGCUGGUAUACCGCGGCGCUGACAGUCCAGGGCCGCUGCUAACACCAGAAAUGAGCUUCUGUGUUGUCUCCGGCGACAACUGUGCCACUUAUCCGAGGCAGUUUGAUAUAUGCGGCAGUGCCGUACCUGAGGAGUCCAUAUUCUUCGCGGUGAAGACUUGGAGUGGUUUCCACUCGACCAGGGCUAAGGUAGUCAAGAAGACUUGGGGAAAACACGUCACCAACAUAUUGUUCUUUAGUGACAAAACUGAUCCGUCCCUCCCGGCCAUAGACACAGGGGUGCCUAACUCGAAGAGCGGGCACUGUGUGAAAACGGUGGCCAUUUUGAAACUGGUGCUUCAGAAGGUGGCAGACAUGCCGCAUAUCAAGUGGAUAUUUUUGGCUGACGAUGACACCAUUUUGGGAGUGCAAAGGUUGUGUGAAGUCCUAAGUUGUUACCGUGGCGGCGCUGACGUCACCGUGAUCGGGGAACGGUACGGGUACGGGUACGGGAAGACUAACGGAGCCAAUAAGGGCUUCGACUAUAUAACGGGUGGCGGGGGCACCGUGCUAAGCGUGUCAGCGGCGGCCAUACUGUCCGAAUGCGCGUGCGCCGGUCUCACCGCCCCGGACGACAUGACGUUGGGCGCGUGCGGGCAACACCGGUACAAUAUAACUGUUACACACUCGCCACUUUUUCAUCAGGCCCGCCCCCAAGACUAUUCCCGUGAGGUGCUCGCCCGCGACCGCCCCGUCUCGUUCCACGGCCACUCGUCCCCGGAGCCGAUGCGGGUGUACGCGACCUGGUUCCAGCACGACCACAUCGCGCGCAAGAGAAGGGUUAAGGAUGAGCUGUGAAAUUGAAAAAAAGAAUGAAAUUAAGGUUAAUAUGAAUGAAAUGAAUGAAUAAAUAUGGAAGAUUGCCGUAACUUUUUUUUUUAAUUUGAAAAUUAUAUAAUACAUUUUUGUAUGUUCGGCUUACAAGGACUAGUCCGCGUAUUGUAACAGCCACAAUUAUAAACUUAUUGACUGUGAAAUAAUUAUCAUGAUAGGUUUCGGUAUUUCCGAAAAUUAGCGAACGACGUUUCGUGAGGACGAAAAAAACAGUUAGGUACCUACCUAUAAUCAUUUUCACUUAAGAAACGAAUCUAAAAUUAUAUCUUCCGCUUUUAUCAGUCCGCUAGAUGGCGCUGUAAAGUUUCUUAUAUUUCAGAAACGCGCUAUGGUUUGCCAAAAAGAGCAAGUUAUUAACGAUGGCUUUUAGACUGAAUUUAAGCCCUAAGGGGUACGCUUUUGACUAUGAUCUAUUUUUGUUGGAACGGUAUGUUUUAUAUAAGCACUACCGUCCUUAUGUCUGUAAAAUAAAAUUAAAGGAUUAAUUUUAACUCUAC